CCUUGCCUUUUAGGUCUCGGGGCCCGCAACCCACUGAGCAGACACCGCCGGAGCUGGACUACCUCCGGCUCCGGGCGAAGCGUCCCCGAGGAGCGGCCCAGCGCGCGGAGCCGGGGCGCUGACCAGCCCCGGGCACCUUCCCCCUCGGUGCGGGGCGGCGCACACCCGCAGCAGCCGAAGAGCCCCCAGCCCUGCUGACGGCCGGCGGGCUCACGGCGCCCCGCAGCCCCGCAUUCCUCCCGCGCUCCGCGGCGGGGGCGGCGGCGAGAUGGCUGCGCGGGUGGGCCUCCUGCUGUGCGCCCUGCCCUGGCUGCUGUGGGGCCGCCUGGACGCCCGGCUCCCGGAGCGCGCAGGCCGGGAGCUGCGCCGGGAGGCAGAGAGCCUGCAGGCGAUCAGCUCAACUCCUGAUCAAUACGGAAAUGUUCCUAAAGAGAUGACGUGUCAGGAGAAGAGUUGAGGCAUAUAGAUAACGUAUAUUUACAUAAAAUUCUAAGAGCUACUCUGCAUGGAGCCCAUGCUAGGUGAUAGGUACUAUGGCAUUCCUGGAGAGGUAUGGAUACCUCAGUGAACAGGCCCCCGAAGCUCCCUCCUCCACGCGAUUCAGCAAUGCCAUCAGGGAGUUCCAGUGGGUGUCCCAGCUGCCCAUCAGUGGCGUGCUGGACCCUGCCACCCUCCACCAGAUGACACUGCCCCGCUGUGGGGUUGCAGAUACUGACAGCAGGGCAGCCCGGACUGAGAAGGUCAGUGCUCUGUUCACUGGACGCCGGGCCAAAAUGAGGCGUAAGAAACGCUUUGCAAAGCAAGGCAACAAGUGGUACAAGCAACACCUCUCCUACCGCCUGGUGAACUGGCCCCAGCACCUGCCCGAGCCUGCAGUUCGGGGGGCCGUGCGUGCCGCCUUCCAGCUGUGGAGCAACGUCUCAGCGCUGGAGUUCUGGGAGGCCCCAGCCACAGGCCCUGCUGACAUCCGCCUCACCUUCUUCCAAGGGGACCACAAUGACGGGCUGAGCAACGCCUUCGACGGCCCAGGGGGCGCCCUGGCGCACGCCUUUCUGCCUCGCCGAGGCGAAGCGCACUUCGACCAGGACGAGCGCUGGUCCCUGAGCCGCCGCCGCGGGCGCAACCUGUUCGUGGUGCUGGCGCACGAGAUCGGCCACACGCUCGGCCUGACCCACUCGCCCGCGCCGCGCGCGCUCAUGGCGCCCUACUACAAGCGGCUGGGCCGCGACGCGCUGCUCAGCUGGGACGACGUGCUGGCCGUGCAGAGCCUGUAUGGGAAGCCCCAGGGCGGCUCUGUGACGACCCAGCUCCCAGGAAAGCUGUUCACUGACUUUGAGGCCUGGGACCCCCACAGAUCCCAGGGAAGGCGCCCCGAAACCCAAGGUCCUAAAUAUUGCCACUCUUCCUUUGAUGCCAUCACUGUAGGCAGCAGCGACUGUACAUUUUUCAAGGGAGCCACUUCUGGGAGGUGGGAGCUGAUGGCAAUGUCUCAGAGCCCCACCCGCUGCAGGAAAGGUGGGCCGGGCUGCCCCCCAACAUUGAGGCUGCCGCAGUGUCACUGGAGAAUGGAGACUUCUACUUCUUCAAAGGUGCUGGAGACGGGCCUGGUGCUGUGCCGGCAUGCCAACGCCAUCACCGAGGCUGCCCUGGCCUUCCUGGCUGCGGCACCUGCCCGAGCCCGCAGGAUUCCCGUGCCGCGGGCCGGGGUGUCCUGCAAUGGGGCUGCCCAGCCAGGCACCUUCCAGGCCCGGGACAACGUCUCCAACUUCAUCGAGUGGUGUCGCAAGGAGAUGGGCAUCCAAGAGGUGCUCAUGUUCGAGACGGAGGACUUGGUGCUGCGCAAGAACGUCAAGAGCGUGGUGCUGUGUUUGCUGGAGCUGGGCCGCCGGGCCUGGCGCUUCGGGGUGGCGGCGCCCACCCUGGUGCAGCUGGAGGAGGAGAUCGACGAGGAGCUGCGGCGGGAGCUGGCCCUGCCCCCGCCCGACCCCCCGCCGCCCGCGCCGCCCCGGCGCCGGCCCUGCCACUUCCGCAACCUGGACCGGAUGGUUCAGAACCUCGUGAGCCACUGCACAUGCCCAGUUCAGUUCUCCAUGGUCAAGGUGUCCGAGGGGAAGUACCGUGUGGGGGACUCCAACACCCUCAUCUUCAUCCGGGUCCUCCGGAACCACGUGAUGGUGCGUGUCGGGGGCGGCUGGGACACCCUGGGCCAUUAUCUGGACAAACACGACCCCUGCAGGUGUACCUCCCUCUCACACAAGCCAGGCAGCUUCCUGAAGCCCCCGGUCCCACCGGUGCAGCACGAAGUGAGGGUGCUGGAUGAGCCCUGGCAGCCACAGCCUACGAUGACCAUCAGCCGCUCUCAGAGCCCACUGCCCCCCGUGGACUGGAAGACAUACACCUCUUCAGGCCGGAAGCUGAGGCCCCCCGUCUCCUCCCCAACACCUCGCAGUGAACGGCGCCAGGAGAAGCCACCCGCCCCACCUGAGAGGCAGCUGCCAGCUGGGCACAGCUCACCCAGCCCCCAAUCCUCACCCACCCCCAGGGGCCGAGACCCACAGUGCACCUCCUCAGGGAAGAGGGAGGACAGACACCCCCCUGAGCUCCCCAGGGGAAGGACUCCUACAUCUUGGGUUCAUGAGGAGACAGACAGCUGGAGAACCCAUCCCAGGACCCCCACCCCCCAGAGACUCCGAGCCCCUGAGGCUGCUGCCAAGGGGACCCCAGCAGGAGGACCAUCUCCCCUGCCUCGUUACGCCAGUUCGUCAGCCAAGCCCAUGGGCCCCAGGAAGCCGCCUCGGGGUGAUGCUCCCUCCCAGCUCAGGGAGCCAGUGUCCGUCCGUUCUCCAUCCCCCGUUAAAGGGCCCACCAAGAUCCCUGUCCAGCUGGCCCCUGCCCGACCUCCCACUCCAGGAGGAAGCUUUCCAGGUACUGAAAGUGGAGGUCUUACAACAGAACUGGAGAGAAGCGCCAUACCACCAGGGGCUGCCACUGGAGUCCGGGCUGGGUCCAGUCGUGGGGACUGCUCUGUGGAAGGAAGGCAAGGGGUCCAGAAGCUGGACGUCUGGGUGACAGCGGAAGCCGGAGAGUCCCGGGGCCUGGACACGCCCCUGACCUUGGGUGGGAUCAAGAAGCCAGCCAUCUGCCAUAGCCUUGAGGAGGAGCUUUUGGCCAACAUGAAGCUGCUAGAGGUGGGGACUGCCCACCCCCAGGGCCCAGGUUCUGGGCUCAUCCCUCGCAGUGGAGUCUACGUCCCCAGCCUGGGUGGGCGGUGGCCUGAGCCUGGGGGUCCUUAUGACAAAGUCAUCCAAGAACUGGCUCAGGGCCCUCCACCCCUCAUUAAAGUGGACCUGGGUGCCUGGAAGGCUGCCCCUCCAGGCUCCCCUAAGCUGGCAGUUACCACAGGCCCAGGAAGCCCAAAGGGGAAACUGGGAGCCAGAGAGAGUGGGCCAAGGACAAAGGCAGCCCUGGGUGCCAAGGACACCAGGAUGAGGAAGGUCCCAGCUCCAGGAGGGCAGGACUGCUCAGCCCCUCCUGUGUCUGCCAGCCUGGAAGCCCCCACACCUUCGCCCUUGGACCCCAAUUCUGACAAAGCCAAGGCGCGUCCAGGCAGGGGCCAGAGAACACUGCGGAAGCCCCGAAGAGUACCAUCUAUCUACAAGCUGAAGCUGAGGCUCAGACUCCGGCCCCGGAGAGACCACAGGCCUGAGGAGCGUCCUUCGCGAAUCCCCAAGCCCCUGGCCUACCUCCGCUUGGGUCCAGCCAGGGCGCCCCCAAGUGGCAGGCUGGAAAGAGUGUCAGCGCUGGGUGGGAAGGGAGGGGAGGCAGCCCUGGUGGAUGGAGCCUGGGCGGGGCAGAAAGAGGAAGGAAAGGAGGAGAAAGAGGCAGCCCUUCCACUGGAGAGCAGACCCCCACGUUCGGAGAGCCUGGGGCCUCAGCAGCUGGAUCCGCUCCCACCCGAGGAGGAGUCCUGGGUCUAAGGAGGGGCUUCUCAUCCCAGAGCCGGUGAAAAGAAUGCCCAGGUAGCCACUGGAAUCCCAGCCGCAGGAACAGAAGGAAGGGCCCCUCACCUCGAUACAGGGCCUUGGCCAGGAGACAGAUAGAGCAUCAGUCAGCUCAGACUAGCAAACGGGACAGCCCAUCAUCUCCAUUCCAACUCCAGAAUUGGGGUAGGGGCAGUGGGGCCACCCUAUACCUUAUCACCCUCCCCCAGAACAGCUCCCCAAACUCCUGUCCUUAGGCCAUGCCCACUGUUUCCACAAUUCUUAUGUUAUUAAACACAGGUGGG